UACCUGAAAAUUAGGAAUCAGAUCAACUAAGAAACCAUGGGUUCUGAUUCCCUUCCCUUACUUUCUCUAUUACUCUAAUUCGUUUAUUUUCACAUUCCUAUUAAGUAAACAUAUCUAUACUAUUAUUAAGAAAACCCUCAUUGUACCCCAAAAAGAAUUGUUAAUAUUUUUUUUGGUUCAAAUCUCUUUGUCAACUAAAAGAAGGUGAAAAAAAUAUAUUUUUGUCUUCUAUUACAAAAUAAAAUUAGGAAUGAUAGAGUAAUUUUGCACAAACUAAAUUUUACAUUUUUUUAAAUACAUCACCUAUAUAUGACCCUAACAAAUCUCUAAUUUUAAAAACAAAAACAAAAACUUAUCACCAUUUCCACGUUCUCUCUUUCCCUCCCUCUCUCUCCUCAUUUAAAAAAAAAAAUAACAAUAACAGAACAGACAAGAAAUAGAUAAUAUUAAUCAAUUUGUCUGGUGAAGCUUUGGGCGUUGGAUUACCAUAAACAUCAUGCAUGCAUGAUGCAUGAUAUGAGGAAAUAGCAAGUAGAAAGAGGACGUGCAACGUGGUGACAUGUGAACGUAGACGAAGUAGGGUUUGUUUUAGGCCCGAGUUUCCCGCGAAAUAUAGAAGCACGACGUGCCCUCUCUCUCGUCCGGUCGUCCCAAAACAGAGAGCUCAUCCAUCACAAACAAAUCUGCACAAACAUUUAUCAAACAUUGCUGUUUUCUUCCUCCGUUUCUUCUCUGUCCCUCCUCUGGUUCCUCACCAUUCUUUAAAUUCUCCGAAAUAAUUUUAUUCCGAAAUAUUUUUGUCGGUGAAUAAAAUUAAUUGUGUAGAAUAUUAGCAAUUGUGGUGAUACAUGGUUUGUUAAUCUUGCUGUGCCACCACAACUUGAAAAAUGAGCUGCUGCGGGGGUGCGGAGGAGGAAAACUUCGGCCCACCUGCUAAUCAAUACACCGCCCCGCCCAGAGGUGGGAAUACAUAUGGAGGAGGAGGAGGAGGAGGCAAUGACAGAGGAGAGCCAAGGGGUUCCAAUGCGGUCAAAAGCGGAGCUCCACAGAAGGUCUUACCGAUUGAAAUACCAUCUAUGUCUUUGGAUGAACUAAAUAGGUUAACGGGUAACUUUGGUCCGAAGGCUUUGAUAGGAGAAGGUUCUUAUGGCCGGGUUUUCCAUGCAAAACUGAGUAAUGGUAAGGCUGCUGCUAUAAAGAAAAUGGAUACGGGUACAUCUCAAGAGCCGGACUCUGACUUUUCAGCACAAUUAUCAACAGUUUCAAGACUCAAGCAUGAGCAUUUUGUGGAGUUGAUGGGGUAUUGCUUGGAGGCAAAUAACCGAAUUUUGAUAUAUGAGUUUGCAGCCAUGGGAUCUUUACAUGACAUAUUGCAUGGAAGAAAAGGAGUACAAGGGGCUGAACCGGGUCCAGUUCUUUGUUGGAAUCAGAGAAUUAAAAUUGCCUAUGGUGCAGCCAAAGGCCUUGAGUAUCUCCAUGAAAAGGUUCAACCUUCAAUUGUUCACCGCGACGUGAGAUCCAGCAAUGUCCUGCUCUUUGAUGACCAUGUUGCCAAAAUUGCGGACUUCAACUUGUCAAAUCAGUCAUCGGACACGGCCGCGCGACUGCAUUCGACUAGAGUGUUGGGAACGUUUGGCUAUCAUGCUCCUGAGUAUGCGAUGACCGGGCAAAUUACUCAGAAAAGUGAUGUUUACAGUUUUGGAGUUGUUUUACUAGAGCUUUUGACAGGAAGAAAGCCAGUAGACCAUACAAUGCCAAAGGGGCAACAAAGUCUUGUUACUUGGGCAACUCCAAGACUGAGUGAGGAUAAAGUGAAGCAGUGUGUUGAUCCCAAGCUAAACAAUGACUACCCACCAAAGGCAAUUGCUAAGUUGGCAGCAGUAGCAGCACUUUGUGUUCAAUAUGAAGCUGACUUCAGGCCAAACAUGACGAUCGUUGUGAAGGCUCUACAGCCACUGCUAAACGCAAAACCUGCAGGCCCAGAGACAAAUGCUUAGACAUAUAUACUCUAGUGCCGCAUGCAUGCAUGCAGAAUCAGCAACUUGUCUUGUGUACGUGUGCUUUGUAACGUAUCUUUCUUUUUUGUAAUCCUAUUCCCGCAUUAUGCUCCACUGAAUUGAUUGUCGUUUAUCUGAUUCAGUGCCCGGUGUAAGAUAUUUGCAUUUGGCAGAUGGAAUGGUGAUUCUCUAGUUUGAUCAA